AUGGCGACCUCGGGCAUGCACCACGCUCACUGCGACGCCAACGACGGCUGCAAGCUCGCCUUCCAGUCCUCCCUGCCCCUCUCGGGCGCCGCCUCGGCAACGCAGUGCGUCCUCCUCAUGCACGGCUUCAGCGGCUCGAGCGACUACUUCCAGUUAAAACGAGGACCAGGCGCACGAUUCUUCCUAGUCGAUGUGGAUGGCAAGACAAAAGUUUCGAUCCCGAUCGCCCAUGAAAACCCGCUCAGGCGGCAGGACGAGCCCUUCUUCACGGGCAUCAGCGCGCUGUGCGACCCGGCGUGGCUGGCGAGGCUGCUGGCGGACCACACGCGGUACGACCACCGCGAGGCCAUCGAGGCCAUCAGCGUGCCGACGCUCGUCAUGGCCGGCCGCCGGUCCGGGUGCUUCCCCCUCGAGGGCAUGCUCGAGACGGUCAGGCGCGUGGAGAAGGCCAGGCCCGGCCUGGCCAAGGCGUCCGUGUUCGAGUCCGGGCACUGGCUGUUUUACGAGCAGCCCGAGAGGUUCAACAGCGAGAUUGUCGAGUUUGUGGGCCAGUGCUCCAAGUGA